AUGGCAAACAAUGCUUUUCCUCCCCUCGACACCUCCAUGGGUGGGAACCGUGCUAGUGCUUCUCCUACUACCAUGCAACCUGGCGGAUCGGUCAAUGGCAAUAACGGAGUUGGCGCAGCUGCGAGUUUCAUGGCACCUCUGCCCGUUGGACACCAGCAAGAUCUGAACUAUCUCUAUGCGCAGGUUCAAGAGCUAGGAGGAAUUCUCAAAUCCAAUCGAGAGAAGGUCAAUUUCAUUACGCGAGCGGCCGAAGAAGUUGCGAGACGCAGCAAUGGAACAUUGCCAGAAGGUGAAAGUGGCCAGGAAAGUGACAAAGCACGGAUCCACGACCUCGAACGCGAAUUGGCAAAGGCAAACCAUAUCAUUGAGCUCUACAAGCACGAACAGAAGGAAAACACCCACCUGAUCGCCAUGUAUGAAGACGCCUUGGGAACCGCCACCGAACAGAUUCGCAAUUAUGCCGGCGGCAUCGAAGGUCGUUUUCUGGCUCAGCGCAAACACUACAACAAUCUUCUGCAGCAGGAAAAGGAUGAGCACUUGGAGAGCCGGUUGGACCGCGACACUUGGCAUGCUAAGACAAUGAGGGUCUGCGAAAUGGUCCGCACUGCUCAUCACCUGCGAACGGACGAAUGGUGUGAAGAGUACACGAUCAUUUCGGGUCUUCAGGCUGAGGUCAGAUGCCUUCGACGUUGUCUGGGAAUGGAAGCUGAGAAGCCGCAAGAGGAAACCGGUUGGCCAUAUCUCAAAGACUUGCCGUUGAACGAUCAGGCUUGA